AGACAUAAAAUUGAAAUUCCAAAAAAAAUUAAAAACCAAAAAAAAUUAAUAAUGAAUCGUUUGAUAAAUAUUUUGGUUUUAAAAUUGACCGACAACUUGAUAGGCAAUAGUCGAACUUUGAGUGUAUCCGGUAAGAAAUAUUACGCCGAUAAGAAGGAUCCCUGCAAAAAGGAUGAUCCCUGCAAAAAGGAAGAUCCCUGCAAGAAGGAAGAUCCCUGCAAGAAGAAGGAUCCCUGCAAAAAGGAUGAUAAAGGCUCUGAUAAAGGCGGAAAAGGUUCUAAGGACCAAGGCGGUAAAAAGGGCGGUUGCGAUAAAGGAAAUGUAUCGACCGGUCCACGUUGUAAAGAUGGUAAGGGUAAAAAGUAGACUCCCAUCACGUGGGACAACAAGCAAGACGCGCUCUCCUCCAUUCCAAAUGUUGGGUAUUUUUGGACACUGACCUGGCCUGGCGCCUUUGCAAAUGUGCAAACGGAAGAGCAGUCCACAUAAUGGAUCACAAAUUACCCAAAACCCAAACGCAACAUGAAUCAGUUGUAGUUUAUAGCUGGCCGAGCACACUGAGAUCAUAAAACCCAACGCUCGAGACAUUAUAAAGCCAUAAAGCAACAAGUAAAAUCGGCGCAAAACAAAAAAAAAAAAAAAAUAGAAAGAAAUCCCAUAAA